CCGGGGCUGCGGAUGGUGCCGUGGGCGGGCGGGGAGGUAGUGAUGGGGACGUGCUGUCGUGGCUCAGGCCGUGCGCUACCGGAUGUCUUAUUUGGGGGUGUGGGCGCGCAUCCCCGACGUGAGUGAAGCUCAACCUUGAAGCCCAGUGAUGGCACACAUGGCAUUCAGGGAUGUGGCUGUGGAUUUCACCCAGGAAGAGUGGAUGCUGCUGAGCCCUGCUCAGAGGUCCCUGUACAGGGAGGUGAUGCUGGAAAACUACAGCAACCUGGUCUCACUGGGAAUUCCAUUUUCUAAACCAAAACUCAUCACACAGCUGGAGCAAGGGAAGGAAACCUGGAGAGAGGAGAGAAAAUGCCCACCAGCCACUUGUCCGGGAGAACCAAAGCCAGAGCUCCACCUCUGUGCUUUCUGCCCUCCGGGUUUCUCUAGUCAGAAGUUCCAUGUGCAGCACAUGCUGUGUAGUAAUCCCCCCUGGAUUUUCCCAUGCUUGUGUGCAGAAAAUCACAUCCAGCCGGGGGACCUGUGCCAGGGGGACCAGAAAAAGCAGCAACAAACCUCUGAUCCAGAUUGCUCGAGUGAUAAAGCAGAAGGUCAAGAAAGAGAAGGCCCCAAGCCUUCAUUUGGAAAGACAAAGAAAAAAGCUUUAACAGCAUCAUCCAAGCCACCCCAAAGGCCGCCAGCAGCUCCUGUUGUGUGCAGAGAGUGUGGACGAGGAUUUAACCGGAAGUCAACACUCAUCAUACACGAGAGGACACACUCAGGUGAAAAGCCUUACAUGUGCAGUGAAUGUGGGCGAGGCUUUAGUCAGAAGUCAAACCUCAUCAUACACCAGAGGACACACUCGGGGGAGAAGCCCUAUGUGUGCCGGGAGUGUGGGAAAGGCUUUAGCCAGAAGUCAGCUGUCGUUAGACACCAGAGGACACACUUAGAGGAGAAGACCAUCGUGUGCAGUGAUUGCGGACUAGGCUUCAGUGAUAGGUCAAACCUCAUCUCACACCAGAGGACGCACUCAGGGGAGAAGCCUUAUGCCUGCAAGGAAUGUGGGCGAUGCUUUAGGCAGAGGACGACCCUUGUCAACCACCAGAGGACACACUCAAAGGAAAAGCCUUAUGUGUGUGGAGUGUGUGGGCACAGCUUUAGCCAGAAUUCAACCCUCAUCUCACAUAGGCGGACGCACACUGGGGAGAAGCCUUAUGUGUGUGGGGUUUGUGGGCGAGGCUUUAGCCUGAAGUCACACCUCAACAGACACCAGAACAUACACUCAGGGGAUAAGCCCAUCGUGUGCAAGGAUUGUGGGCGAGGCUUCAGCCAGCAAUCAAAUCUCAUCAGACACCAGAGGACACACUCAGGGGAAAAGCCCAUGGUGUGUGAGGAGUGCGGGCGAGGCUUCAGCCAGAAGUCAAACCUCAUUGCACACCAGAGGACACACUCAGGGGAAAAGCCAUAUGUGUGCAGAGAGUGUGAGCGGGGCUUUAGUCACCAAGCAGGUCUCAUCAGGCACAAGAGGAAACACUCGAGGGAGAAGCCUUACAUGUGCAAGCAGUGCGGACUAGGCUUUAGCAAUAAGUCAGCUUUAAUCACCCAUAAAUGGGCACAUUCAAAAGAGAAGCCCUGUGUAUGCAGAGUAUGUGGCCAAGGCUUUAUCCAAAAGUCAUACCUCAUCUUACAUCAGAUGACACACCAGGAGGAGAAGCCUUAGGUGUGCAAGACAUGUGGUGAGGCUCACCUCAACAGACACAGGAGAAUGAAAUCUCUCCACCACAAGCUGCCACUCCAGACUGACAGACGUAUUGAGCAAUCUUCCGACCUGUUACACUUUAAAAGUGAAAAUGCUGGUGAGGACUAAAUACUCAACAUUUUUACACUUUGAUGAAAUGGGAUAGAAAAAUGCAUUCCAUAAGUGGUCAGAGGACAUUUGGCUUCAUUUACUUUCUUCACACUAAGUCUUCAUGUUUUGUGGCCUUCUAUUUUAAUAAACGUUGCUUCUUUACAACUCUCUUA